UUGCUGAUUUUUUGAAUGUCUUUGCAUGAUGUUUCAUCUAAUGAUUGUUUUUGGUGCCUUUUCUUUAACUUUAGUGUUACUCCAUUGCAUGCAGAACUUUCUGCUUUUAAACCUCUCUUUGUCAUUUGUUGUGUUUGCUUCCAGGCUUUAGAGUGCUUAGUGCGACUAGCUUCUGUAAGACGUUCCAUAUUCACAAAUGAUGCUGAACGUUCCAAAUUUCUAGCUCAUCUAAUGACUGGAACCAAAGAAAUCUUGCAAACUGGGCAAGGCCUUGCUGAUCAUGAUAAUUACCAUGAGUAUUGUCGUCUUCUUGGUCGUUUUAAAGUGAAUUAUCAGUUGUCAGAACUUGUGAAUGUGGAAGGCUAUAGUGAUUGGAUACGUCUAGUUGCUGAGUUCACAUCGAGGUCUCUGCAGUCCUGGCAGUGGGCCAGCAGCAGUGUGUACUACCUUUUAGGGCUGUGGUCCAGAUUGGUGACAUCUGUACCUUACCUGAAGGGUGACAUACCAAGUCUGUUGGAUGAAUUUGUGCCUAAAAUAACUGAAGGUUUUAUUGCAUCAAGAUUUGAUUCUGUGCAGGCUGGGUUUCCAGAUGACUCAGAGAAUCCACUAGACAAUGUUGAACUUCUUCAGGAUCAGCUAGAUUGCUUUCCAUUCCUUUGCAAAUUCCAGUAUGAAAGCAGCAGUCUAUAUAUUAUUAAGAUUAUGGAGCCUAUUUUGCAAACUUAUACGGAAAAAGCACAGCUCCCAGCUAGUGGAGGCCAUGGUGAAAUUUCUGUGAUCGAAGAGAAACUUGCAUGGAUUGUUCAUAUUAUUGCUGCUAUUCUUAAGACCAAACAGUGUACUGGCUGUAGUGUGGAAUCACAAGAAAUAAUUGAUGCAGAACUUGCAGCGCGUGUUUUGCAGUUAAUAAAUGUGACUGAUAGUAGGUCGCACAGUCAGAGAUAUGGUGAACUAAGCAAGCAAAGACUUGAUCGUGCAAUUCUUACAUUCUUUCAGCAUUUUAGAAAGUCCUAUAUUGGUGAUCAUGCUGUGCAUUCAUCAAAGCAGUUAUAUGCCCGCCUGUCUGAGCUUUUGGGGCUUGAUGACCAUUUAGUAUUGUUGAAUGUCAUUGUUGGAAAAAUUGCUACGAAUCUCAAGGGAUACACAGAGAGUGAUGAGGUUAUUGACCAUACGUUAAGUCUCUUCUUCGAGCUGGCAUCUGGGUAUAUGACUGGCAAGCUUCUUCUAAAGUUGGAUACUAUUAAAUUCAUAGUUGCACAUCACACUAGGGAGCACUUUCCUUUUCUUGAACAGCCUACAUGCUCUCGCAGUAGGACAACCUUCUACUAUACUAUUGGGUGGUUGAUCUUCAUGGAAGAAAGCACAGUAAAAUUUAGAUCCUCCAUGGAUCCUCUUCUUCGGGUUUUCAUUAGUUUGGAGUCAACACCUGAUGCUAUGUUUCGCACUGAUACUGUAAAAUAUGCAUUGAUUGGGUUGAUGCGAGAUCUUAGAGGAAUUGCAAUGGCCACAAACAGUCGCAGAACAUAUGGGAUGCUAUUUGAUUGGCUAUAUCCUGCACACAUGCCUCUUUUGUUGAAGGGUGUCUCACUUUGGGCUGAUACACCAGAGGUUACAACCCCUCUGUUGAAAUUUAUGGCAGAGUUUGUGCUGAACAAAGCUCAACGUUUAACAUUUGAUUCUUCAUCUCCUAAUGGCAUACUUCUCUUCCGAGAAGUAAGCAAAUUAAUUGUUGCCUAUGGAAGAAGGAUUCUAUCGCUUCCCAAUGCUGCUGAUGUUUAUGCUUUCAAGUACAAGGGAAUAUGGAUUUGCUUAACCAUUCUUUCAAGAGCACUUGCUGGGAAUUAUUGCAACUUUGGCGUAUUUGAACUGUAUGGGGAUAGAGCACUCGCUGAUGCACUUGAUAUUGCCCUAAAGAUGACACUUUCGAUUCCAUUGGCAGAUAUACUAGCAUUUCUUAAGCUCUCGAGGGCAUACUUCGCGUUCCUAGAGGUUUUGUUCAACAACCAUAUUGCUUUCGUUUUGAGGCUCGAUACAAGCACAUUCAUGCACAUUGUUUUGGCUCUUGAGUCUGGUCUUAAAGGCCUAGAUUGCAAUAUUUCGUCACAGUGUGCAUCUGCUGUGGAUAGUUUGGCUGCUUUCUAUUUCAACAGCAUUACGGUGGGAGAGACACCUACAUCACCAGCUGCAGUUAGUCUUGCUCAACAUAUUGCCGAGUGCCCCAGCUUGUUUCCAGAACAGAUAUUGAGGACCCUCUUUGAGAUCGUUAUUUUUGAGGAUUGUAGUAAUCAAUGGAGUCUCAGUAGACCAAUGCUGAGUUUGAUACUUAUAAAUGAACAGAUGUUCACUGAUAUGAAGGCAAAAAUUUUGGCUUCACAACCAGUGGAUCAACAGCAGCGUCUUUCUCAGUGUUUUGAUAAACUAAUGGCAGAUGUGACUAGAAGCUUGGAUUCUAAGAACAAGGACAAGUUCACCCAAAAUCUGACAAUAUUUAGGCAUGAAUUUCGUGCCAAAUAACUCGCUCAAUGCAGUGGCUAAGAUUUUGGUAGAUUCUCUCCAGCAGAUAUGCAUAUAAAAACGAGUAUGCUGGCUGAUACUUCUUAUCAGUCACAUGGACUUUCUUGAUCUUAUUUCCUGCCACCGAAGAGGAGGAUCUUGUUUGGAUUACGAGUUUCUGUAAAAGGGGCUUGUCCAAUUUGAAUUCUUUGAAGGUUGUUAUAUAUGGGUUACUUUUUGGCUCGGAUUGGAGGACGUCGGGAUGUACAGUGUUAGUCUUGGUCUAUUACAGAUGGAUUCAGGAAUGUGCAGAAGCUGAUGGUAGGCUUAAUAUUUAGGUUUUUUUUUUUUUUUUUUUUUUUUUGGAACCUCAUAUGUUAGGUUGGUGUUGCUGGAGCUUCUGUCAAACUCAAUUCUUUCUUACAGGAAAAAAUGGUUGUAAAUGAUUCAUCAAUUUGUUAUAUAAAGGUCAUUCUGCUCAUCAAAAACAGGCACCAAGAAGUAAUUUUGAAGCAGAUACAUAAUUCUUGUAUUUCAUUGAAAUAAAGAUUGAAAUUUUUAAA